AUGCCAAUUCGAAAUUUUUUAACUAAUCGAACAGCUAGACGAAAAUGUCAUCUCAAUGGUAUUCUACCAUCACAACGUAUGCCUCAUAAACCGAAAUUACAACAACAAUUUUCUGAUCAUAUACGUUUCAGUAAUUCACAACUUCCACAUAAAGUUAAUCUUCGCUUCCAAAUGACACCUGUUGAAGAUCAAUCAAGUAUUGGUAGUUGUGUAGCGAAUGCUUUUGCUGGAGCUUAUGAAUAUUUGCUAAAGAAAAGUAGUGGUCAUGAGAUUGAUGUAAGUCGAUUAUUUAUUUAUUACAAUGCUCGUGUUAAAGAUGAAGAAUCAGAUGAAAAUAUCAACGAUUCAGGUUGUAGUGUAUCAAGUGCUAUUGAAGCAUUAGAAGAAUCUGGUACUUGUCUCGAAUCAGUUUGGCCAUAUUGUAAAAAACGUGUAAAUAAAUGUCUGAUUGAUGAAGCAUAUGAAGCAGCAGCAAAUAAUAGAAUAACUGAUGCAUUACAAGUUAAAAUAAAUUUAUAUGAAAUGAAAUCAUGUCUUGCACAAGGUUAUCCAUUUGUAUUUGGCUUAGAAUUAUAUAAUUCAUUUGAUAAAGCAGCUAAAAAAGGCAUUGUACCAAUACCAAAAUCAGGAGAAACGAGUCGAGAAUCACAUGGAAGUCAUGCAAUGUUAGCUGUAGGUUAUAGUGAUCAUUCACAAGCAUUUAUUGUUCGAAAUUCAUGGGGAGAAGAAUGGGGUGAUGGAGGAUAUUGUUAUAUUCCAUAUGAUUAUCUGACUAAUUCAGAUUUUUUUUUCGAUCCAUGGAUUGUUCGUAAAUUAGAAACUGAUGACAUGGGUCAUGAACAUUGGGAUGAUGAUGAUUCAAUUGAUUAUCAGGAAGAAGAAGAUGAUGAUGAUGAUGAUGAUGAAGAAGAAGAAGAAGAAGAAGAAGACGAUGAUGAGGGUGGUGAAAUUGAAGAGGAAGAAGAAGACGAAGAACUUGAGAAUAAAAUUGAUGAUUCAAACAAGAAACAGUAUUUGCUGCCUGCGUCCAAGAAAUAUCAAGCUCACUGUGUAUUUAAUAAUCCUUUAUUAAUAUACAAUUUUGAAGUAAUUGCAGAAAGGAUUCUUUUAUGUAAAUUUGUUGUUAAAAUGAGUUCGUUAUAA